AUGAAUAAAUUUGUACUUUACGCUUUCGCACUUUUCGCCGUGGCCGCCGCGGCACCUCAAGGGCCACAACCCGAGGAUCAUAGCCAGGUGUACAUACUAAAACAGGACUCCGAUGUCAGUCCCGAUGGCUACCAGUUCGAUUUCCAGACCAGCGACGGUACAUCUCGCCAAGAGAAAGGCACCUUGAAGCAGCUGGAUGAUGGUAACCAGGCUCUCGAAGUCACCGGUAGCUACCAAUACGUAGCACCUAAUGGUCUAACCUACGCGGUUACUUUCACCGCUAACGAGAACGGCUACCAAGCCCAGGAGCACAGUUCACAAUAA